AAAAAGCCAAAGGAGAUAUUACAUAUUUGCAAAGCUGCAUCUUCCCGAGCUAGGUAAACAAUGAAAUAUAGAAUAUAUAGUUCAGUCUGUUUGGCAUAAAAACGGGCAAUAUGACAAAUCAAAGUCAAGCAUACAUAGGUAAAAGUUUCAACUUCUACGUUUGUCACUGAAGUCGUAUCUCUCCAGAUGGCUGAACCUAUUAGCGCAAAACAAAGCUUGUGUCUACGCGCAAAUUCAAAUCUGGACCACCAUAUGACGUUUUCAAGUUCAAUUGACAAACACAUUUACUAUUGCACUAUCACGGGGACAAAAGUCGAAGCCUUAGGGCACCUGUAUUUAACCAAAAGAAAAGUACAUACAAUUGGGUAAUUUGUAUUCUCGUAUAUUCAGACGAACUUUGUCAAGAAAAGUACGGUUUUUAUUGAUUUCUCAGCUGAAUCUAUGCACUUCUCAUUGAUUUCCGAACUGCGUUUCACAUGGUAUCAAGGGAAACUAUUUUCGUUGAGUUCGUCAAGGCAGACGUACCAGCCGACUUAUGGAAUCAAGAAUAUACCACAAAGGAAAUAGAAUGAAAUGAAUGGACUGAGAAGAUGCGUUUUAUGGUGUUAUUGGAAGUAUGAAAAUACAGCAGGAGUACAGUGACAACACUGUAACGAGUUCAUGUACGCGAUAGCUAAAUUAAUCGGUAAGAGAUCAUCGUUGCCACCAUAUUUCUGUAUAGACGACAGCUCACAAUAACGACUGUAGCAAAAAACCGACUCCUAAUGCCGUAGUAACAACUUAAGUGAGUAAUACUUGCGUCAGCAGCAACAGCAUCGCAAGGUCCGGUCAGAGAACCAGAUCCAUUCGAGCCGAGAAUGGGGAGCAGAACUUGUGAAGAAAAGGUCGCUUAAACGGAACUGAGCGAAGGGAAGACCAAAAAACAACCAGCCAAGAAUAUCGGCACCCGCAUUCAGCCAACAACGUAGCCGAGCAACAAACCCAGUACUGCGCUGUGCUACAUGCGGGCGUUCAAGAGCAAAGACUUUGAUGAUCGGCUAUUCAUUCGUUCGACCAACAGCUUACGCGCCUGUUGCUCACGAACCCGUUUGCGAACUGACGGUGCAGACUCUCGGGUCGAACAGCAGAAUCACACUCAUUGGCUGGGGCGCACCACACUGGCGCCUAUUUGGCGGCAGCGGCAGUAACAGUUAUUGGUAAACAUAUGUAUUCACACAUGUAUCCAUAUAUACAGGCGUGUAUACGUGUGUAUGCGUAUAGUUACUGAUAAAAGAGAAGACCGUAGUAGUCCAUGCAAGAAUAACAUUCGUAGUGCGUUCACAGAGUGAUCGGCGGAGAGUUGGCCGCAACCAGCGUUGCUUCUAGCACCAGAACGUCGUGUUGAUGUUUGGUAGCAGCAGCGGCAUCAACACCAAAAAGCGUGGGCGGUUUUGUAACCAAAAGCAACGAGGGUGAAAAUUAAAAGAACGGACGCAGGGCCAUUGGCUUUGGCAAUUAUCUGCCGUACGACGCAGUCGGGACACAGAAAAAAAAAACAAGAGCGAUUCUAUUCGCCGUUUUUCGCAGCAGUCGUAUCUUAUCGAGACUCGAUGUCGCUUGGGGUAUUGUUGUAGUUCCUAGGGGAAAGUUAGUGCGGGAGGCCAAAAGGAGUGUCAACGGAUACACUGUCCUGAGCGUUUUCUUUUCGCCUCCUUUAAGACGCAGUGAUAGUUCCGGCAGGCCAUCAACGCACAGCGUCUUCGGCUGCGGGACCAUUGAUUUCAGCAGAACACAGCAACAGGUGUUGUGUUUGAUAAAGGUGAUCCAAGAUCUGACGAGUGUAGAUUUUUGUGUUUAUUAGAGUGCAACGGAGGUGAUAAGUUCAUGGAGGUGUGAUAGAUAUCGAUUGAGUGGACCCUGUUGUCAUUGUACAUGUUGUUUUUGUGACGAUGGUGUAAACUGUUCGUAGGUGAAAACAGGCAGACAAACAGAACCUGCUGUUUGAUGUUAGGUUGAUCGAGUGUACGAAACCAUUGGAAGGUUACUGCGAUCAUCAUUCGUUUACCUAUGGGCUAUCGGUGUCACUAUGUUGAGAUGAAUUCGUUAUCAACUGAAAAAGUGGUCGUAUCAGGUGUACUUGGCUAACGCAAGCGAAUAUUGGCAUGACAUAGACAGGUGAUAAACUUCGAUCCGAUCGAUCUUAGUAUUAAUUCGGUGGUGAGUGUCUUUUACCUCAUCAGCGUCAACAUGAAAGAAGAGGACGCUACGACGGCUAUGCCAGUUUUAAACGUGACAUCGAUAACCGAAGUGGCCGAAAUCACUCACAUGAAUACAAACCAAAUGGGCAAACAAGUAAAGCAAAUGUAUUGCUUUCACUUACGAAAAACAUGUAGAAUGGACAAAACUAUGGAUUAUUCAAAAACUACGUUGAAGUCCGCAUCUGUCGCAAUGAAUAGCACUAGUGCAUCGACGAUAACAGUUAACAAGAAAAAACAGAAGGGUGCUUCCGAUAGCAUUUUAAUGAUCGCGCUUUCUGCAAAACAGCUAUUUACAAGUCUACCUCUCACAAUCAUUCUCUUGGCCACUGCAUGCAUAAUAGGCUCUAAGGCGAUUGAAUGUUACUGUAAUGGCGAAUGCCCUGACCAUCGGACCAAUCAGACGUGCAGAGCGGACGAACCAGGAUCCGUAUGCUUCCACCACGUACAGGAAGUCUACAAUGAGCGUACGGAUAAGCUUGAAAUCGAGAGCACAUACGGCUGCGUGGAAGGGGAUUCUUCGAUUCUUACCUGUAAAAUUCAUCUAACAAAACAAAAGGCUCCAAUGAAUAUCCAGUGUUGCUCGGACGCCGACAUGUGCAAUUACAAGUUGAAACUUGACGUGAUUCGACACAAGGGCUACGAACCUGAAGAGAAGAAGCUGUUUACGGACACUUUGCACUUGAUCAUUUUUGGAGCAGGUCUAGGAACCUGCCUCGUAUUCAUCGGGCUGGUCUAUAUAAUCUUGCACUGCAGCCGGAAAAAACGAAAAUCUUGGUGUGCGGAGAACGGGCACCCUUUUUUGAGUACCAAUGAUUCCAAAACGCUUCAAGAACUAAUCGACUGCAGUAUCACCAGCGGAAGUGGUUCCGGCCUUCCGAAAAUGAUUCAACGCACCAUUGGACGUCAGAUCGACUUAGACUGUCCGAUUGGCAAAGGCCGCUACGGCGAAGUUUACCGUGCGUUGUGGAAAGGCGAAUACGUCGCCUGCAAAGUCUUCAACUCAACGGAAGAGCCCUCGUGGUGCCGCGAGGUGGAAAUCUACCAGACAACCCUGCUUCGCCACGACAAUAUACUUGGUUUUAUUGCAGCCGAUAUACGCGGCCAUCGCGGAGUAACCCAGCUUCUCUUAAUCACGAAUUUCCACGAACAUGGCUCGCUCUACGACUAUCUCUCACACCGUUGGCUCGAGAAAGACCAGGCCAUAGAAAUGGCCUAUACAAUUUGCAGUGGCCUGGAACAUCUGCAUACUGAGAUUCGUGGCAAGCAGGAAAAGCCGAAGGUAGCUCAUCGCGAUAUUAAGUCGAAAAACAUCCUUGUAAAAAACAGGGACGGGACGUGCUGUAUUGCUGAUUUUGGCCUAGCUGUUCGUUCUGACAUGAACUCAAAUCAGGUUAAUGUCGGUUGCCAGAACACCCGUGCUGGUACUAAACGGUACAUGGCGCCUGAGGUUCUGUCAGAAACAUUAAAAAAGAGCCAUUUUGACUCAUACCUUCGGGCAGAUAUGUACUCAUUUGGUUUGGUACUUUGGGAGAUCGGUACGCGGAUUAAACUUCCAACUGUUGACCAAAAGGCACCCUACCGUAUACCUUACCAUGACUGUGUACCAGAUGAUCCUAGCUUUGAGGAGAUGCGCAAGGUCGUGUGCAUUUCUAAAGAGCGACCACAUAUACCCGAUGCGUGGAAGGAUAACGAGACGACGCGGCAGUUCGCUAGUAUUAUACCGGACCUAUGGGGGGAUACGCCUGAAUCUCGCCUGCCAGUACUCAACGCUAAAAAAAGACUAUUUCGGUUGGGAAACACGUUGACCCCGAAAGAUCGUUUCAAUCCAUCAGAUCCGUCAAGUCGGCACAAUAAUACCGAACAAUAUCGACGGUUUGCAGCACCAAACUCUUCAUCAGGUGCCGGUCGACCACUCCUCGACAACACGAAUAGUGGUUACCAAUCAACCACGUGUCCGGUAGAAAGUUCCGAAGGCCAGCUACGGGUACCAGCGCCCGGCAUUUUACCCAGUAGUCUACAGAGAUGUUAAAAAUUGCUACAUUUUACUGCGUUACUGUUUUUUAUUUGUUGGUCGUAUCGGGCCUGCUAUACGCAAAAAGUUGAGCCAGUGUUUUUCGUGGGUCAAGAAUCUACACAGCCAAUCGUUACGAUUGGCUGUCUCGAUACUUCCAAAAGAUUUGAUGGUAGCAAGAUCUCGCCAGUUUUAUGAGUACACAACCGUCGGUAAGAAUUUUAUGGGUUAGGAUUUUUUCAAUUCUUACACUGUUGGGCUUAGCUAAUUUAGUUGUAUUGUUAUUAUUACUUUCAACAAAUCAAUUACACAUCAGGAAGCAGGAUCAAA